AUGUUUGGAAUACUGUGUGUUCUCGCGUGUUUUAAUUUAGUUCUAAGUGAUCCUCUAAACACCUACUGCUGUUUGGAAGAAGAUGGUAUUUUGGACGAAAAUGAAGCAUUCUGUGUAAAUCCAGUCAAUGAGAGUAAAAAGGCUAUACGGUUGAAUUGUAACAUAACCGCAAGAUUAUUUGAAGCGGAUUACAACUUUACAGUGAACAAUGAUGAAUCGGCUACCUUAUUGAUUGAAGAUCAAUCUUUCUUACACGACGCGGGAACAUUUUGUGCCGCAAAUGAAACUACAAAUAGCACGUUAAAAUUGUUAUUAUUCUGUGUAGUAGAGGAAGAUACGACGACGAACUUAGUAUUGAGUUACUGCAUGAUAGUUUCGGCAAUUUUUCUUGCCUUGACCGCUAUAAUUUACUGCGCAUUACCGAUCCUAAGAGAUCUACAAGGCAAAAGCAUAAUUUGUUUCUGCGUGAGCUUAUCGCUGGGGCUAAUUAUUUUGGGUAUAAUGAAACUCACUGAAUAUUCCGAUAUGAAUUUAUGCGCAGCUCGAGGAUUCCUGAUCUAUUACUUUAUGGUAUCAAGUUUCUUCUGGAUGAAUUCUAUCUCGAUACAGAUUCUAUUUCGAAUCAAACGUCCAUCAGUGCCCGACUAUGGCUGGCGCACCUUUUCCUGGUACGCUCUUUACGCGUUUGGCACACCCGCGCUUAUCACAAUAGCUAUGGCCAUUGUCAACUUCCAUCCUGGAAAACAUCAAAAACCAGGCAUCGGUCUCAACACUUGCUGGUUUUACGAUAAAUGGCAACAAUGGUACUACAUGUAUAGUGUACUAUCAAUUCUCAUGGUACUAAAUAUAGGUAUAUUUUUCUACUUGUCAGUUUACUUGUGGAGACACACGUUCUUAUCAACACACGUCAAGGAACUGCGUUAUAAGUUCGGAAUGACAUUAAAGAUGUUUAUUAUUAUGGGUCUGCCCUGGAUAUUUGAAAUGAUUAGUACUUUCUUCGAAGCACAUAUAAUUUGGACACUCUUGGACAUAUUUAACCUCAGCCAAGGCCUCUUAAUAUUCAUCGUACUAGUCGUGCUACGUAAGCGCGUAUUAAAGGCUCUAUACAAAAGAGGCUGCCUGGAUUGUGUUUCCGGUUUAGUUGAGCGAUACCUGGCGGUCGCAGAAGACGACGAAGAAGUUGUACAACACACCAUUGACGUGCCUUUAGACGAUAAAAAACAUUACAAUAUUUGA